UGUUGAUGAGCGGAGCUCUUCUCGCCACUUUGCACACAAAAUGCUGAAGGAAGGAAUCGUGGAAGUAGCCCUGAGCUGCAGCAGAUACUUUACUCAGCACACUGCUGUCAUUUGUGCCCUGCACCUGAGGACGACAACACGGACGGCAAUCACACACCUGAUUUCAAAGGCUGUGUCGUUUAGUCUCUACGAAUGACGGGACGAUAUAAUCUCACCGCUGUGUCCGCACCCUUCUGCUUCUUCCUGUUAGUCAUGACUUGGGUACGCUCACAUAUUACUUGAAAUAAAAAGGUUACGUGCACAUGUUGUUUUACAUUUCUAGUUCACCAGGUUGUGUCGUCCAUGCGGAACCAUCGUUUACCCGUUCGCCAUUGACGCUUGUCGACUGCCACAUAGCGCACCCAAGCGGCCCGGAGAAUGUUAACGUGGUUUCGCAGCAAUAAAGUCAUAUUUAACUGUACACUGCUUGCCCUUGGUCAAAUUUAGUUUAACAUGUACAGUAUAUAUUAUAGUCAUAUAUAUUUGUUAAUUUGUAUGUAUAAGUCGGCUCAAGACGGGGACAUACGGUCGUGGAGCGCUAAACUCCUGAGCUUGACAAUGCGGCAGUCAGUGCGCAUGCGUUUGUGUGCCAACAGGAAGUGUUUUGCCAUCAACCAGCUGAUGAAGCGACAUUAUUGUCAGGGGAAGCUGACGUUCUUUAGGUACCCACCUCACAAAGACGGACCAGGACAUUACCAGCCAGCCUUGACGACACAGCUGGAGGCAGAGCCAAGUGACCAGCAGCAUCCCAGAGUCACUGUGUCCAUCAGUGUGACGGCACCCUUGCACGGGUUGCUAUGAGCUCCAGAGGGAGUGGUGCAGGCCGCUCCAAUGGCACUCCACCGCAGACCAAGAUCUGUCAGUUUAAACUGGUGCUGCUGGGUGACAUGGCUGUGGGCAAGUCCAGCCUGGUGCUGCGCUUUGUCAAGGGGCAGUUUGACGAGUUUCAGGAGACGACCAUCGGAGCUGCUUUCCUGGCACAGUCGGUAUGUUUAGACGACACCACAGUCAAGUUUGAGAUCUGGGACACUGCAGGACAGGAGCGCUACCACAGCCUGGCACCCAUGUACUACAGAGGGGCUCAGGCUGCAAUUGUGGUCUUUGACAUCACCAAGCCGGAGACCUUUGAGAGGGCCAAGGCCUGGGUGAAAGAGCUGCAGAGGCAGGCCAGUCCCAACAUCGUCAUCGCUUUGGCAGGAAACAAGGCUGAUCUGUCAGAGAAGAGACUAGUGGAGUAUGAGGAAGCGCAGACGUACGCCGACGACACCAGCCUGCUCUUCAUGGAAACCUCGGCCAAGACCGCCAUGAACGUCAACGAGCUCUUCCUGGCUAUUGAUGAGAAGAGGGGACUGAGAGAUGCAGGGGACGUCGAGGAUCCGAGGGAGGAAUUAUCAUUUUGCUUUCAUCACUGUUUAGUUGUAAAACAUUGGAUGACAGUCACUGCUUGAAUUCAGCAAGGCAGUCAGACAGGGAGGGAGGUGGAAGAGGGGGUUGGGUGUCAUCCACGUAGCAGUGAAAAUCUAUGUCAAGUUGACAGAAAUGAUUACUAAGAGCUAGAGGGUAGAUGAUGAGCAGGGACCCCAAGACAAAGCCCUGGGACACACCAGAGAAAACGGGGGACAGAAGGGAUUUGGAUGAUCUGAGUUGAACAAAUUGAGUGGGGCGGAGUAACAUGAUCGGAACCGGUGGAGGGGUGGGGCUGGUGGGCGAUGCCAAUAUUCUGCAGUCUGUUAAGGAGGACGCUGUGUGAAAUGGUGUCAAAGGCGGCAGACAGUUCUAGAAUGAGGAUGGUGAGAAGUAGGGAUGCUCUGAUUGAUACACCGAUCAGUACCGGUCAUUUCCGUGAAAAAUCACUAUUGUCGUAUGCCGAUAAGUGCCUUUCAGUGGCCAUCACAAAAGUCCAUCACCUGUGGCUGGAACUUAUCCAGUCCGCAGCGAUGUAUGCGUGUAGUGCAGCUAACAUCUUGGGCGUCACACUCCUCCCACUUUCCUUCACAGUGCACAGGCGUGCCAAAACAAAAACAUUCAUGUCUGCUAUGUGGAACUUUACCAACACAUGCCACGACAUCCAUCCUGCAGCACCGUAGCAUUUAAAAAAGCUUUAACACAGCAUUUGAACAAACAUUUGACGGAGUCGCGGUGUGAUCAUCAGUCAACGGCGGCUAAAGCAGCUAUGUGGGAACUCGCCCGUAAUAUGUACGUGGCAGUCAGAAUGCUAAGCUAAUAACCCGAAAAAUUGAAUUCAGCGGAUGAGAUGACCAGCCUUUCUCAGAGGUGGAAGACACCGGGUUUGCCGAGUGCUCUCUCACUCACCUGGAAGUCCUGCUGGAGCUCCACCAAUGUACUCUCACAUCCAAAGUGUCCUUAAAGAAGGUGUCUCGGCCUCUAAGUUUCACCAGCGAUGUACAGUAUGUUCUCUUCAAAAAGUCAGAUAUGUUUUUGUCUAAAUUAAGGUGAUUUUAUGGUUCCUUUAUUCAUAUAUGGCCAGGAUCACUUAUAAAUUAAUUGAAAAAUGUGUAAUUAAUCCAUGUGAUUGGUAUCGGCCGAUUUCAGUCCUAGAUUAUCGGUAUUGGAAUCGGCAGCAUAAACCCUGAUCGGAGCAUCCCUUGUGAGAAGACUGGAAUUAGCUGCCAGGGAGGUCAUUAGUCAUUUUCAAAAGUGCUGUUUCAGUAUUAUGACUGGACUGGAAUUGUGUAUAUUAUUGUACUGUAUAUAUUGUAUAUGAUGUGGAAAAAUGAAAAUAAAAUACAAAAAGAUGCAUUCCUAUAUUUUAUAAUAGGCAACACAAUUUGUAAAGUAUUUUUUAGAAAAUCCCUGCAUUUUAUAAUGGAUGAAAAAAGUGAUCACCUGGUUGAUUUGUGCAUGCUGUUUAAAUUACUAUACUGUCAAACCAAGAUCAUUUCACGGGCGAACACUGCAUAAACCUUGCACUCU